CGAGAAGGGAACUUGUAAGAAAAAGAAGGCUAACUCUACGACAUGGACAACGUUCAUGUUGUGGUUAGAGUGCGGCCACUCAUAAAAAGGGAAGCUGAUAGUCAAACGGGGGACUAUUGGAAAGUCUUGGAUUCGCAGACAAUAGCAUCACUUUCAGAAACCCAAGGAAAGCGUUACACUUUUGACCGUGUGUUUGGGUGCAUAGACUCGACUAAUACAGUAUACGAGAAUGUUGCGAAACCUAUCGUACAGGGUGCUGUAAAGGGAAUAAAUGGAACGAUUUUUGCAUAUGGGCAGACAGGCACUGGUAAGACUUACACUAUGAUGGGAAGUGACACCACAUGUGGUGUUAUACCCUGUGCGGUCAAGGAGAUGUUUGACUACAUGAAUCACGAGCCAAACAGGGAGUUCCUCGUUCGUGUGUCUUACCUGGAGAUAUACAACGAGUCACUGUCAGACCUUCUCCGUUCGAAAGGAAAGAAGGAGGUGCUUACCAUACACGAAAAUGAGGUUGGCAGGGUUUAUGUAAGCAAUUUGUGUGAAGAACUCACAAACAGUUACGACCAGAUUAUGGGCUUCCUGCGAGAAGGAGAGAAGUACCGGCGUGUGGGCGCGACAAACAUGAACGAUCGUAGCAGCCGCUCCCACACCAUCUUCAGAAUCAUCAUCGAGUCACGGGCCAACGACGAGGAGGGUACCGGCGUAGUGAGCGUCGCACACCUGAACUUUGUCGAUCUGGCCGGCUCCGAACGUGCGAACCAGACCGGCGCGAUGGGAGAACGACUGAAGGAAGGUUGCUCAAUCAACGCCUCCCUGUUCCAGCUGUCUGAGGUCAUUUCACAACUCAGCAAGGGAGCAGAGCACAUCAACUUCCGCAACUCUAAGCUGACUCGCAUUCUGCAGAAUAGUCUGGGUGGCAAUGCAAAGACGGCCAUCAUCUGCAAUAUCACGCAAUUCGAUCUGCAACAGACCUCGUCGACAUUGAAAUUUGCUUCGAGAGCAAAGAAAAUUAAGAACAAGCCGAUAGUGAACGAGGUUGUGAAUGAUGAGGCCAUGCUAAGACGAUAUCGACGAGAAAUCGAUGAUCUGAAGAGACAGCUCGAAAGUGCUCAUCAGCCCCAAGAGCGCACGGACCAUCUCGUUUCCAACCUAGAGAAGGAGCUGGCAGAGCGCGAUCGCAAGCAGAAGGAGCAAGAACAAAUGAUCGAACUCUACGAGAAGAUUAUCAACGGGCCCGUGCCGAAGGAACGGGGCAUGAAGAGGAACCUGCGCAGAGAGACGUGGUGUCCGGGCCAGACAAAGAACAUACUUCCGACCACGCCCGUCCACUCGAGGUUCCCUGGUAUUGGCAACACGACAAUAGAUCCUUUCCAAGAGGAGCCACUUCAGGAGGAGACAGAAGAAAGCGUGUUUCUUCCGCGAGCAAAACGCGUCUGCUUUAGUGGAUCGUUCCUUAGCAUCCCUGAGGGGGCGGCUGUGGACGAAGAGGAAGAGAACCCUUUAUCUGCGAUGGAGGAGGAGGAGGAGGAGGCGGUGGAAGAGCGGGAGGCAGCUGGCGGCGCCACAGAUCGCGAUGCGCACUUCGAUUUGAAAUUAGCCAAUGAAAGAAACGCUGUGGAUGUGGAAAGGCUGAUGCGAGAGAAGGUAGAGGAGAGCAGCCGAGCCGCUGAACUGGCCGAGAAGGUCAGGAAGCUGGAGGAGGCUCUGAGUGAGGCAACGUCAUCGACAGGGAAGAUACAGGUGAAGAAUGACGACAACGACAACGAUGCUGACUCGCCUGACCCCGUAGAGACCCCCAGCGCGCCGCCGCCGCUAGCGCCGAUGGAAGAACGCUACCCUGUGAGCACCGCGGGCGUGACGACGCGCGCGCGGCAGUUUGCCGUGCCGCCGCCCCCGCAGCGAUCCAGCUUCAACCGCCGCCGCACGCUCCCCGUGCGGCUGCCGUGCAGCGACAACACGCCGCUCUCCACGCCCGCGUCCGCGCGACGCAGGACGGCGAUGAGCAUCUACGAUGGCUUCGUCGGCGAGUUUGACGCGCGGCUGGGCGUCGCCGCGCAGGAGAGACAGUCCGCCGUCACGCCGGCAGCGGACUCGGAUACGGUCAGGUCACUGAGGAGAGAGUUGGCGGUUCGGGACGAGGAGAUAGCGCGGCUGCGUGAGGAGGUGACGAGGCGCGAGGUCGACAACAUCGCAAAUAGGAGAAAUGAUACCACUGAGAAAGAGCUCCUUCAGGGCGACUUGGUUGGAUUGGAACAGGAGUGCCAGGGAAAGCAGGCAAAAAUUGAGAUGCUGGAAAAAACGCUCACGCAAAUGAGAGACAGCAAGGAGAAGCUGGAGAGGGAGAGCGUGCGCUUGGAGGAGUCGUUCGAGGCGCUGCGUGAGUUCACGCGCUGCGAACAGGACGUACACGAGACGGACCAGCAAGAGCAGCUGAGUGAGACGGCGACGCUGCGGGAACGGCUGGAGGCAACGCUCGCAGAGCUGAGCAGUCUCCGCACGGCGCGGGAGGCCGAGGUCGACAUGCUGAGUGCGCAGAAUGAGCGCCAGUGCGCGAGUCUCCGCGCGCUGCAGGCCGACGCCGCCGCGCUCAGACAAGAGAACGCACUGCUCGCCGCGGCAGGGGGCGUCACCGAGCCGCCCACUACGGAUGAGGACGGGGACAAGGUCCAGCGAGAACCGAGGGAGGACCGACCGACGCCUACUCUCGUCGAGAGGGGAUUGGCGCCGGGGACGGAGCAAUGUGAGCUGGCAGAAAGCGGUGAGCUACGCACCACGGUGGAGGAGGUGGCGCGGGAGCCAUGCGCCGCGAUGGAGGACGGGGCGAGGGAGCUACGUGCCACGAUGGAGGAGGUGGCGCGGGAGCGCGACCGGGCCGUCGAGACAGUCGGCUUGUUCAGCGCGCAGCUGGAGGAUAUGGAGGAGGAGAGGGAGGAGCUUCUGAAGGAGAGGGAGGAGCUUCUGAAGGAGAAGCAGCGGCUACGCGACGCGUGCAGCGGCAUCGACACGCUGACGGAAGAGAUUGACACGCUGGCGCGGGAGCAGCAGCAGCUGGCUCUCCAGCGUGACCUUGCUGACGCGCGUGAGGAGCGGCCACGUCUGCGUGACGUCAUUCGAGCGUUUGCGCGCGAGAAGCAGACGAGGAGCGACGAUGCUGGCCGGCGCGCCGGCCGCUGUCCGGAAGACACGCUGACUCCUGCGCGCAGGUUGAGAGAAUGCUGAUUGAGAGCCGUUUAGAGGGGCCGGGUCCCACACAUUGCCAAGGCAGACGAUGCGAGCGCAUCACUAAAGGAGGAGAAAGCCGAGUUAGAUGCUCAGCUAGACACAGAGAGAGUAUCGGCGGGGAAGACACAGAAGAUGAUAGAGUCACUAGAGCAGGAGAGAGUGGCUCAGCUAGACACAGAGAGAGUGUCGGUGCAGGAGACACAGAAGAUGAUAGAGUCACUAAAGCAGGAGAGAGCAGAAGUAGAGG